ACGUGACCCGGCGGCGCUGAGGGGCAGCGGCCAUUUUGCGGGGCGGCCACGUGAAGGACGCACGUUCAGCGGGGCUCUCACGUGACCCGGGCGCGCUGCGGCCGCCCGCGCGGACCCGGCAAGAGGCGGCGGCGGGAGCGGCGGUGAUGGACGGGGCCCACCAGCUCUGAGCAGAUCAUGAAGACAGGGGCCCUUUUGCUUCAGGGUUUCAUCCAGGAUCGAGCAGGGCGAAUGAGGGGGGAGGCACCCGAGCUGGCCCUGGACCCGGUGCCUCAGGAUGCGUCCACCAAGAAGCUGAGCGAGUGUCUCAAGCGCAUCGGGGACGAACUGGACAGUAACAUGGAGCUGCAGAGGAUGAUUGCCGCCGUGGACACAGACUCCCCCCGAGAGGUCUUUUUCCGAGUGGCAGCUGACAUGUUUUCUGACGGCAACUUCAACUGGGGCCGGGUUGUCGCCCUUUUCUACUUUGCCAGCAAACUGGUGCUCAAGGCCCUGUGCACCAAGGUGCCGGAACUGAUCAGAACCAUCAUGGGCUGGACAUUGGACUUCCUCCGGGAGCGGCUGUUGGGCUGGAUCCAAGACCAGGGUGGUUGGGGGCUGCCCCUGGCCGAGUCACUGAAGCGACUGAUGUCCCUGUCUCCAGGACGGCCUCCUCUCCUACUUUGGGACGCCCACGUGGCAGACCGUGACCAUCUUUGUGGCGGGAGUGCUCACCGCCUCACUCACCAUCUGGAAGAAGAUGGGCUGAGGCCCCCAGCUGCCUUGGACUGUGUUUUUCCUCCAUAAAUUAUGGCAUUUUUCUGGGAGGGGUGGGGAUUGGGGGACAUGGGCAUUUUUCUUACUUUUGUAAUUAUUGGGGGGGGUGGGGAAGAGUGGUCUUGAGGGGGUAAUAAACCUCCUUCGGGACACA